AUGAUUAAUCCUAAUGACAAGAAUGACGUAUCCACGAACUCUACGUGGCGUUUACCAACCGACCACGAAUCGAUAACAUUUUGUCAUCAGAAAGAACUACCUAAAUUACCAAUUCCUACACUAGAAGAAACAUGUCAACGUUAUUUAGCAUCUGUGAAGGCACUACAAACGUCUGAAGAACACCAAAUCACACAACGUCAUGUAAAGCAGUUUUUACAACAGGAUGGACUACGUCUACAUGAAAAACUAUUGAAUUAUGAGAAAAACAAAGUGUCAUUUAUUGAAGACUUUUGGUAUGAAGCUUAUUUAAAUCAUCGGAGCUCGGUUGUACUCAAUGUCAAUCCGUUUUUUGUCUUAGAAGAUGAUCCAACACCAUCACGAAACAAUCAACUUUCAAGGGUGACGUCACUUAUUAUGGGUGCACUCAAGUUUAUACAUGCAUUACGAAGAGGUACACUUGAACCAGAUAUGUGGCGAGGUAAGAUUGCACUUUGUAUGCAUCAAUACAAACGUCUCUUUGGAUGCGCCCGUGUACCAUCGGAUGGUGCAGAUAGUGUCGUGGUAGAUGAAUUAUCAAAACACAUUGUAUUAAUUUGUCGCAACCAGUUUUACUGGUUUGAUGUCAUUUGGGAAGACGGUGUUACGGCUAUUACAGAGAGAGAGCUGUUGGCUAAUCUCAAGGUCAUUCACGAAGACGCACUCAAAGCUAAUGACGUCGAAGCCGCGUCCAGUGCUGUAGGUGUGCUUACUACAGAACGUCGUCCCAAAUGGGCCAAACUGCGAGCCAAGCUGCAGGCUAAAAACAAAGACACGCUGGCCGUCAUUGAUCGCGCGCUCUUUCUCGUGUGUUUAGAUACCACGUCACCACCAGACGCCGCAUCAUUUGCUGCUACGGCACUCCACGGUACCUACAGCAUCACCAAAGAUGGCGUACAGACGGGAACGUGUAUGAAUCGAUGGUACGACAAGCUUCAGCUCAUCGUAUGCGAGAACGGCGUGGCUGGGUGCAACUUUGAGCACGCGUUUGUUGACGGACACACGGUGCUUCGCUUUGUGUCGGACGUGUUCACAGACACAAUCAUUCGGUUUGCACAAACCAUCCGCGCAGGCAACUACGCCUUCUUGGAGGCGUCGUACCGUGCACCGCAGCUGAGACCGGCAGAUGCGCCUGAUCGCCCACGCGUGCAACCGCAUAAGCUUGAGUGGGAGCUGGACCGUGAGCUGCAAGACGGCAUUAAGUUCGCGGAAGCGCAGCUAACAGAUCUCAUUCUGCAGAACGAAGUCAAAGUGCUCGAAUUUACGGCAUUUGGCAAGCUAUUUAUCACCCAACACAAGAUGAGCCCCGAUGCCUUCGUGCAAAUGGCUUUCAUAGCUGCCUACUACUUCCAAUAUGGUACUGCACCGUGUAUCUACGAGCCUGUAUUGACCAAGCGCUUCCUACACGGUCGCACAGAAGCUGCGCGAGCCAUGACAGUUGACGCGCUCGAAUUCGUCAAAACAUUUUUCUCGGACAGGACGCCGCUUGAAAAGAUUGGGUCUUUGCGCAAGGCGAUCUCUACACACGUUAGCAACGUACGCGACUGUGCAGCUGGCAAGGGCCCUGAGCGCCAUCUUUACGCUCUUGAGUGCCUGUGGCAAUACGAGAAAGCCGUCGACAGCAGCAAGAUCACGCCGGCACUGUUUGCAGAUGACGCCUGGCGCAAGCUUAAUCACUCGGUGCUGUCAACGAGCAACUGCGGUAACCCAAGCCUACGCUUGUUCGGCUUUGGUCCCGUUGUGCCCGACGGAUUUGGCAUUGGCUACAUUAUUAAGGAUGAGGGUAUCCAGUUUUGUGCGUCGUCACGGCACCGCCAGACCGAGCGCUAUCUCAAGAACCUCGAAUCGUACUUACUGCGUGUGCAGGACCUGCUGAUGCACGAAGAGGAAAUACGCUUUCCACAUAGCACGGCUGCCAAGAAGGAAGCAGCGAUGGCAAGAUUCAAAGGCUAUGGGUUCUUUGACGACGGUGGUCAGCCCACUGAAUCCAAGGCGCUGGCGUCCAUUGCCGCCGUUGGCAAACGGCUUGUGUAG